AUGUCUGACGUUCCUCUACGCAAGCUGGGGACCAACGGUCCCCUUGUUCCAAGCCUCGGCUUUGGGUGUAUGGGUUUAAGCUCGUCGUAUGGUCCAGUGGACGACGACGAAGCCCGUUUCAAGGUGUUGGACAAGGCUCAUGAGUUGGGCUCCCGCCUGUGGGAUACGUCGGAUGUUUACGGAGACAGCGAGGACCUUUUAGGCAAAUGGUUCAAAUACUCUGGAAAGCGUUGUGAUAUUUUUCUGUGCACAAAGUUCGGCGUCAAGAUCACGGACAAGGUCUACUCUAUGCGCAGCGAUCCCGAAUAUGUCAGAGAAGCGUGCGAGAGAAGUCUUCGUCGCCUUGGCGUCGACAAGAUCGACCUCUACUACUGCCACCGUGUGGAUCUCAAGACGCCUGUCGAGAAGACCAUGGAAGCACUCGUUCAGCUCAAAAGAGAGGGAAAGAUCGGCCAUAUUGGCUUGAGUGAGGUGUCCGCAUCCACGGUUCGUCGAGCACACAAAGUGCAUCCUAUCGCAGCGCUUCAGCUGGAGUACUCGCCCUUCUCACUGGACAUUGAGAGGUCCGACAACAACCUUUUGGAAACUUGUCGUGAGCUGGGUAUUGCUGUGGUUGCGUAUAGCCCACUGGGUCGAGGCUUCUUGACGGGUCAGCUCAAGUCUCCCGACGAUUUUUCCGACAACGACUUUCGCAAGUCUGCUCCCAAGUACAGCAAGAAGAACUGGAACAAGAACAUGGAGUUGGUCUAUCUUUUGGGGUCCAUUGCUAAAGACAAGGGCUGCACGCCGGGACAACUGGCGUUGGCAUGGGUCCUCAAGCAGGGCGAUGAUAUUUUUGCAAUUCCGGGCACCAAGAAAGUCAAAUAUCUUGAAGAAAACAUGGCUUCUCUAAAAGUUACACUGACGGAUGCUGAGGCUAAGACCAUUCGUGACCAGGUUGAGAAGAUUGAGCUGCAAGGCGAGCGCUAUGUAGGCUUCCUAGAGCACUACUCAUUUGGGGAAACGCCUCCAUUGGACGCGUAA